AUGGUGAUGCCUAUAGCUGAUGAGCUGCUCUCUGAAGGCAUGAUCCAUAACGAGCUGUACUCUAACAUCAGCGCUGCCAGAACUGAUGAGGACAAAAUGAGGCAGCUCUUUAAAGCCCUCCACUCUGGAGGAAACAAAGUGAAAUCUGCCUUUCUCUCCAUGCUGAGGGAGAAUGAUCCUCAUCUGGUCCAGGACUUGGUGCAGGAGUACAACUCUCUCCCUGGAGAACAUGACCGCUACACUGAGCCCCUGAUCAUCCAGAAACACCGUCAGCAGAGAGAGAGAGAGGAGGAGAUCCGCUCCACAGGACAGAAUUUUUAUCAAGUCAUGGGCCAGAGGGACAGCAAGGCCUACAAGAGCACCAAAGUGGAGAGGCUGUUUGACCCAGACGAGCAUGGAGACAUUCAGAGAACUGUUAUACUGCAGGGCCCCUCUGGGACAGGCAAGUCAUUUACCACACAGAAGAUCAUGUCUGACUGGGCGUGUGAGAGACUUUAUCAAGACCGAUUUGACUUUGUUUUUCACCUGAGGUGCAAAGAGCUAAACCAGGCCACUGGAAAUAAAAGUGUGAUGGAUCUGCCGAACUAUGAUCAGAGUUUAUCAUCAAUGAUCAAGCAGGUCCUUCGCCAGUCUCCUGAGAGGGUUCUCUUCCUGGUAGACGGCUUUGAUGAGCUCAAAUUCCCGCUUGAUGUACCGAAAGACUCCCUUCCCAGGGACCCGUGGACACAGUGCUCCCCCGAAGAGACACUGAGUGGCCUGAUACGAAAGCAGAUCUUACCCGAGUCCUUCCUGCUUGUCACCACCAGGUCCACAGCGCUGGACAAACUGAAUGGAGUGGUCAAAAAUCCAGUGAGAUAUGCUGAGAUAGUGGGCUUUUCUAAAGAGGGGGUGGAGGAAUACUUCCAGAGAUUCUUCAAGAAGGAGCAACACUCACAGCAAGCCUAUGACACUGUGAGAAAAAAUGAAACACUUUUCACCGCAUGUUUCAUUCCAGUCAUCUGCUGGAUCAUUUGCACAGUUUAUAGGGAGCAGUUUGAAGAAGGCACAGAGAUGAUCCAAUCGCUGGAGACCACCACCUCCAUCUUUGUUGAAUUUGUUGCCACUCUGUUGAAGCAUCACAGUCAGGAUAUGGGUCAGUCAGUUCUUACUAUCCUCCAAGGACUUGGCAAGCUGGCAGAAAAGGGAAUGGAAGAGCAGCAAGUCUUAUUUGACCAUGAUAGUGUCUCACAGACAGUAAUAAUGUAA